GGAUGGAGGGAGCCGGCCGCUCCUCUCUCCGCCCCCUCGCUCCUCUCCCCUCCCCCGCGCUCCUCUCUCCGCCCCAGCGCUCGGCCCUGGUGAGCCGCGCCGCCGCUUCGCAAAGCCCGUGCUCAGACCAGCUCCAGCCGCCACCGCCCGAGAGCCGCCGCAGCCCUCCCGCGUCGCCCACAUGGAGGAUUACCACAAACCCGACCAGCAGACGCUGCAGGCGCUGAAGGACACGGCCAACCGGCUCCGCAUCAGCUCCAUCAAGGCCACGACCGCGGCCGGCUCCGGCCACCCUACAUCAUGUUGCAGUGCAGCAGAGAUUAUGUCUGUGCUGUUUUUCCAUACCAUGAGGUACAAAGUGCAAGACCCCAGAAACGCCAGCAACGACCGGUUUGUUCUUUCAAAGGGUCACGCAGCACCAAUUUUAUAUUCUGUUUGGGCAGAGGCUGGCUUUCUACAAGAAGGAGAAUUACUGAACUUGAGGAAAAUUGAUUCUGUCCUAGAAGGACACCCAGUGCCAAGACAAGCCUUCACUGAUGUGGCUACUGGAUCCCUUGGGCAGGGUCUUGGUGCUGCUUGUGGAAUGGCAUACACUGGCAAAUUCUUUGACAGAGCCAGCUAUCGAGUGUACUGUCUGCUUGGAGAUGGAGAGUUAUCUGAAGGCUCUGUUUGGGAGGCAAUGGCCUUUGCUGGCUUUUACAAGCUUGAUAAUCUUGUUGCUAUAUUUGAUAUUAAUCGUCUUGGACAAAGUGACCCUGCUCCUCUGCAGCAUCACGUUGAAAUCUACCAGAAACGCUGCGAGGCCUUUGGCUGGCAUGCCAUCAUCGUGGAUGGACACAGUGUGGAGGAGCUUUGCAAAGCCUUUGGCCAGGCCAAACAUCAGCCAACAGCCAUCAUUGCAAAGACUUUUAAAGGCAGAGGCAUAUCAGGUGUUGAAGAUAAGGAAAGCUGGCAUGGAAAGCCCCUUCCAAAAAAUAUGGCUGAACAGGUCAUUCAGGAAAUAGAUGACAGAAUCCAGAACAAGAAAAAGCUUUCUCCAGCCCUUCCAGAAGAAGAUGCACCUAUAGUAAAUAUUAGAAACAUUAAGAUGCCAUCUCCACCAACUUACAAAGUGGGAGAAAAGUGGGCCACCCGCAAGGCUUACGGGGUUGCGCUUGCAAAGCUGGGCCACGCCAACGAUCGAGUGGUUGCUCUGGAUGGCGACACAAAGAACUCCACCUUCUCAGAGCUCUUCAAGAAGGAACAUCCCAGUCGCUACAUCGAGUGCUACAUUGCUGAGCAGAACAUGGUGAGCAUUGCAGUUGGUUGUGCCACUCGUGACAGGACCGUUGCUUUUGCCAGCACCUUUGCCACCUUCUUCUCGCGGGCGUUCGACCAGAUCCGCAUGGCUGCCAUCUCCGACAGCAACAUCAACCUCUGCGGCUCCCACUGCGGCGUCUCCAUCGGUGAGGAUGGGCCAUCUCAGAUGGGGCUGGAGGAUCUGUGCAUGUUCCGGGCUAUUCCCAACUCCACUGUGUUUUACCCCAGUGAUGCUGUAGCCACUGAAAAAGCAGUGGAAAUAGCUGCCAACACCAAGGGCAUUUGUUUCAUCAGAACCAGUCGUCCUGAAAACCCUGUCAUUUACAACAACAAUGAGGACUUCCAUAUUGGACAGGCAAAGGUGGUUUUGAAGAGUAAGGAUGACCAAGUGACUGUGAUUGGAGCAGGAGUCACUCUGCACGAAGCACUGGCUGCAGCAGAGCAGCUGAGAAAAGAGAAGAUCUACAUCCGUGUGAUUGAUCCCUUCACUAUAAAGCCCCUGGAUAAGAAGACAAUACUUGAAAGCGCAAGAGCAACCAAGGGCAGAAUCAUCACUGUUGAGGACCAUUACCAUGAAGGUGGCAUUGGCGAAGCCGUGUGUGCUGCUGUGGUGGGCGAGCCCGGUGUCACCGUCACUCGCCUGGCUGUGUCCCACGUGCCCCGCAGCGGGAAGCCAGCUGAGCUGCUGAAGAUGUUUGGCAUUGACAAGGAUGCCAUCAUGCAGGCAGUGAGGGCAGCCAUGUCCAAGUCCAGGAACGCGGAGUAGAUCGGAGCGUCUCAUGCUGUGUAACGGAAGAGCUGCGUUUGGAGAGGUUAAGGCAGGCAAAGGUGCUUCAUGUAGAGAGUUCUAAUAAAAAUACCAGCUUAAAAAAUC